CUCUGAUUGUUACGGUAAUAAACAAAUAUGGCGCGGUGAUUCUGCUGUUUUCUGUUGAAGAAGAGCUGUGCUGUUGUAUGGUUUUUCAGUCGUAUUCUUUUAUACACAAAACGAGUUUUGUUUUUUAUUACUUUCCCCAAGUGUAAGAUAUUCAAGAAUACAUUUACGAGAUGAAGAUCACGGUUACUACUUUAUCCGAUGACAUAUUUGUGUUGGAUGUUAGUGAAGAUUUAGAAUUGGAAAAUUUUAAGGCAUUCUGUGAAGUGGAAUCAGGAUAUCCAGCUCCAGAAAUUGUUAUUGCACACAACGGCAUGCCAUUAUUAGAUGACAAAAAGUCGCUGAAGGAUCAUGGUAUUCGGGAUGGUGAUGUUGUGAUUCUACAGCAUAUGCUCACUUCAGGUUCCAAUAUCAGUUUUGCAGCUGCUAAUCAGGGUCUUCCAAUGCUCGACUUCAGUGGCAUUCAAGUUCCUGGUUCUUUGGGACAGGGGCCAAGCCAUACAGUCCCAGGUGCACAAGCACAAGAAGAAGAUCCAAAGUUGAUCAGAGAUAUGUUCUUAGCGAAUCCAGAUCAGCUUGCUCUCUUGAAGCAGAACAAUCCUCGCUUGGCUGAUGCUUUGCUUUCUGGAAAUCUUGAUGAGUUUGGAACUGUACUUAGGGAGCAGGUGGAAUCACGGGCAGAAAGACAGAGACAAAGAAUUAGAAUGAUGAAUGCCCAUCCCUUUGACACAGAAGCCCAGCGACUGAUUGCCGAAGAAAUCCGACAAAAAAACAUUGAAGCAAAUAUGGAAGCAGCUAUGGAAUACAAUCCAGAGACGUUUGGAACAGUUGUCAUGCUGUAUAUUAACUGUCAUGUCAAUGGUUUUCCUGUGAAGGCAUUUAUUGACUCUGGUGCCCAGACCACAAUAAUGUCAGCAGCAUGUGCUGAGCGAUGUCACAUCAUGCGCUUAGUUGACACACGCUGGGCUGGAAUUGCGAAGGGUGUUGGUGUUCAAAAAAUCAUUGGACGUAUCCAUAUGGUACAGAUACAGAUUGAGUCUGACUAUUUGACAACCUCAUUCUCGGUGCUGGAGGAGCAGCCAAUGGACAUGCUACUUGGACUUGACAUGCUUAAGAGGCAUCAGUGCUCAAUAGAUCUGAAAAAUAAUGUUCUACGAAUUGGGACAACAGACACAGAGACUCCAUUUCUGUCAGAGAGGGAGCUUCCUGAAUGUGCCCGGCUGUCAAGCCAGAGUGAUGACGAUGUAAUUGGACGGUCUGUUCGUGAGGCAGAAGAGAGGGAUUUGGCUCGUGCUCUUCAGAACAGCCGAGAAUCAGUGGGUGCUGCUAGUAGUGGGAGCAGCAGCAGCAGUCGUACAAUACCUCGUGACCCAUCCAUCCUCAUCCUGCCAACAGACAACUUUGGUGAAAAUGAAGUGCGGGAGUUAGUCAGUUUGGGUUUUACACGUGAGCAGGUAAUUGCAGAAUUGCGACGGUUUCGAGGCGACAAGACUCAAGCCACAGCAGCUUUGUUUGCCAAAGCACUUAAGUUCUGAUUUCCUGCUACAUUGUCAAGUGCAGUUUAUGAGUGACUGACUGCAGAGAAGUAUAAUAGCACGUACUCCAAGUGAGAUAACAUCUUCACGUGCUUGACACAGGGGAGUAAAGUUGCUGAACCAAAGGAUUAAAACAAGAUGAACAGUGUUGAGGAGCUAUAGGAUACAUGUACCAAGAAAUAGAACAUCCACUAGCCAGACAUGUCAACUUUAGAGUUGUCACAGUUAAGUUUUAUUUGUUUCAAAUUAUAUAAUUUUUAUGCAUCAGGUAAUCAGAAUGGUUUUACUAGUUUGUCUUCCACACUAGUCAGUAUGUAUGAGUUACAUAUAUAGUGCAGCACAGCUGUUACUGUUUACUGCUUUACCAUUUGUCAUUAUAAUCAGUCAGUGUAAUCUUAGUCUGGUGAAUGGCUUUUUUCUGACUCGUUUUGUUUGUGGCAAUGAAGCUCUUAUCCUCCUGACCACAUACACACAGAUACUUGGUGUUAUGUGCCUCAGUACAGUGUAUUUUUUUGCUGCUCUGUAAAAUUUCAUAUAAACCUUCAACAAAUGUAUAAUACUUUACAAACAGGUAUAAUUUAAAAUAAACUAUAAAAAAUAACACAUUGACUUUUCUUUGUGCUAAAGUCUGUAUAAAAGUUAAAAUGGACAAUUUAUAAUCUUGACCAGCAGUUUUUAACAAAUGCCAAUACUACAGCAUUUCCAAUUGAAACUGCAGUAUUUGAGAAAGAUCACCUCCUCCCUACUUUAAUGUCUGAAAAAUUAAGUAUUGUCUGAAAUUUGUAAACAAAGUACCUCAAGUCAAUGAAAUACACGUGAGCUGUGUUGCAUGACCAAUAAAGGUUAAAUGUCACCCUUAUGUGCAGUGUGUUAAUGUAUUUGUAUCUGCACUAUAACACAAGAAAGCAAAUUUAAUUCCAGUCAUGUUUCUCCAAACAUGUGUAGAUGUAUACAGUUAAAUAUAAGCAUAAAUAAGAAAAUAAAAGGCUUUAUUAAGCAUCUAAUUAUACAAUUGUGAGAAUUGCUGGUACAGACUAUAUAAAUUGUAACUAAUGCCAUUUGUUAAAGAUAUAACACAGGAAUAAAGGAAGUUGUGUGUUUUCUUUUUUAUUUAAUAUACAUUGAUAUCAAAAUGUUAUAUGGUUGUGUACAAAAAAUCAGGUUGAUUUGGCAACUGUACUAUGGUAGAUGGUGCUGUACAUUUUCUAAUAGUUUGAAAAUUGAUUUAGUAUUGACUUUCAUAUGGUAACAAAUGUAUUCCACACUGGAGAUGUGGAGUUUGAAUUGGAAGUACAGGAUUAUAUUACAUUUUCAUACCUCUAGUGGAAGAUGAGUGUUAAUUGUAUUAUAAGAACAAAGUUGUUGUAUUUUCUAUAUUGGAUAAACUUGUAUUAUCAGGUUGU